AUGGCAUUGAAAGUGCCACGCGCAGGUGGACCCAACCUGUUCAAGGAUGGGUACAAGCACCUGCAGGGAAUCGAAGAAGCCGUCCUGCGGAAUAUCCAGGCGGUGAACGAACUCUCGGAUAUUGUGCGUACCUCGUUUGGCCCGAAUGGCCGGAACAAGAUGGUCGUCAACCAUCUUGGCCGCAUCUUUGUGACAAGUGAUGCUGCCACAAUUAUCCGCGAGAUGGAUGUUGUGCAUCCUGCGGCAAAGCUUCUUGUGUACGCUUCGCAGCAGCAAGAAGCUGAGAUGGGCGAUGGCACCAACUUUGUCCUGAUCUUGGCAGGUGAAUUGCUGCGCCAAGCGGAGAUGCUCAUCUCACUGGGUCUGCACCCUAUGGAAAUUGUGCAGGGUUAUGAACUGGCACGUGAAAAAGCCCUGGAGCAGCUCGAAGAGUUGUCCAUUGCUACGCUCUCCUCGCCACCGACUCAAGAGUCGCUGGCAUUGGCCCUCCGUCCAGCGCUGGCUUCGAAGCAGUAUGGCCACGAAGAUAUUUUGGCGCCGCUCGUCGCACAGGCUGUGAGCCUUGUCAUUCCCCCCUCAUCAGAGACGCUGCGUGACUUUAGUGUGGACAACGUGCGUGUAGUCAAGAUCAUGGGUGGUUCGUUAUCGCAGAGCCGCGUGGUGCGUGGUAUGGUGUUUGGUCGUGAGCCGGAAGGCAGCGUGAAGUCGGCUACGAGCGCCAAGGUAGCCGUAUUUUCGUGCGGCUUGGACAUUAGCCAGACAGAGACAAAGGGCACAGUGCUCCUGCACAAUGCUCAGGAGCUCAAGAACUUUUCGCGUGGCGAAGAAGUACAGUUGGAGAAGAUGCUACAAGAGAUUGCCGAUGCUGGUGUUAAGGUCGUUGUGACACAGAGCACAAUUGGUGAGCUGGCAUUGCACUACCUGAACCGCUUGGGCAUUGUUGCUAUGAAGGUGCCGUCCAAGUUUGAUUUGCAGCGCUUGUGCCGUCUGCUGGGUGCUACGCCGCUGGCGCGGAUUGGCGCGCCUAUGCCUGAGGAGGCCGGUUGGAUCGACUCGGUCUCCGCGACAGAGAUCGGUGGUGACCGUGUGACUGUGUUCCGUCAGGAAGAUGGUGAAAAGGGCGGCAAAUCACGCCCACGCCUUGCGACGAUUGUGCUGCGUGGUGCCACGACAUCCAUGUUGGACGAUGUGGAACGUACGAUUGACGACGGUAUCAACGCUGUCAAGUCGCUCACGCGCGACCCACGUCUCGUGCCGGGCGCUGGUGCGACAGAGAUUGAGUUGGCACGACGCAUUAUUGAAUAUGGUGAGCGCACACCUGGUUUGAACCAACACGCGAUCAAGAAGUUCGGCGAGGCCUUGCAAGUGAUUCCGCGGACCCUGGCGGAGACGUCUGGCUUGGAUGCCACGGAUGUGGUGAGUCGCUUGCAUGCCCAGCAUGCGAUGGCCGAGCAUGUGGAUGUGGGUGUAGACGUGGACCAGUCGACAGACGGUACCAUGUCGACCGUGGAUGCACAAGUGUUUGACGUGCUUACUGCCAAGCACUGGGCGAUCCGGUACGCGACCAGCGCUGCGAUUGAUGUACUGAAAGUGGACUCGAUUAUUAUGAGCAAGCAGGCUGGCCUCAAGGCACCUGGCCAUAAUCCGCACUGGGACGACGAUUAG